AUGUAUAAAAGAAACAAGGAAUUGAAAUAUGAAGCUUUAAAAGAAUUAUAGAAAAUAGUAAGGAUAUAUCUUACAGAAGGGUUGAAAAAGAAAGAAUUGAAAUUGAACAUGCUGUUGCGAUGUCUAUUGCUGUUGAAAAUCAAAAGGCUAAAAUUAAAAUUUAAGAAAAAGGAAGAAUUUAUUGAAGCAAUAAGAUAAUGUUAAAUAUCUUAUUAAAGAUAAUGUAUACAAUCUAAUGUCAUAUAAGGGAAUAAAAUUUUAUCAAACCAAAGCCAAGUCUAGCAAUAGCCAAUAGUUAAUCACUAGGCUCCAAUUAAACAUCAAUAAGCUUAGUCUCAGCCUGAUUAAAAGAUUGAAUCAGUCUUGAAUUUUGAAGAGAAUGUGCCAACAGAAAAAGAUAGGCACCAUAACCACCAUCUAUUCCUUAGCAACAUGCAAAGUCACAAGAGAAGAUAGGGCCUUAAUAAAUUAAGUAAAGAGAGCCUUUUCAUAAAUAGUUUAAUAAAAGGUUGAG